AAUCGCCAAAACACUAUAUCUGAAUACGAUUCACAACAACAAAUACACGCCGGCCUUUGCGCGCGGCCCAUAGAUUAACUUGUCCCGGGCCGUGUGUUGUGCUCGACCGUCCAACGCCGUCGCCAUCAUGUCCGUCGCAUCGUACGCCGUGGUAACGUUGAUCGCCUUCGCGAUCGUUUUCAACACAAAUACCGUGAAGGCUGAUAAUGACAUAAAAUGUUAUGUGUGCAAUAGUCAUAAUGAUACGGACUGUGCUCAAGAAAAACUUCCUGAUCAUUUCAAAACUGAUUGUUCAAAGUUAAACUUAGGUAUUUCCGAGGAAAGUCGCAAAAAUUAUACUCUUUGUAGAAAGAUUAUACAAACAAUCGAGCCGGAGGUCAACGGAUUGCCAUCGGACCGAAACCGAAUCAUUAGGUCAUGUGGUUGGGAUGCUUCAAAUUACAAUAAUAAAUGCUAUCAUAGAUCUGGAUUUGGUGGUAAGCAAGAUGUAUGCACUUGUUCAACAGACUAUUGUAAUUCAUCAAAAAGGACAUACUUAUCAUUUGCUAUCAUGAUGAUAGCGUCAUUGACUAUACUUAUUUUGUAAAAACGAAAAUAUUACUCUAGAGAGACAAACAAUUAUCAUUUGUUUACGAAUGCAAUUAUUUUUGAGAUGUUAAAAUAAGUAAAUUUCCUGAUAUUAACGGCGAAACAUUUAUUUUAAUGAGGAAUUAAAUUGUAGUAUGAAAUGUUAAAACGAAUAUAAUUAGGUACCAUAUAUUUACCUAUUUUAUUAAA